GUCGCCUUUUGUCCAGCUGGCUGAAGAUCAAUAUCGUUUUGCAAUCAUGUCUUCUGCCGCUGCCCAUUCGGGGGACCCCUAUGCUGGCCAUGGGUCUCAAUCAGGAUUUGGAUAUUCCCAGAAUCAACCUCCACCAUAUAUGCAGCCGCCCGAUACACCAUCGAGAUCUUCCUACUAUCCUUCCAAGACGGCGGCCACGGAACAAACGUCGUCGGGAUUCUAUGACAGAGGCAUGUCGACCUCGAGACGGAACCCGAAGAACUGGUCUCGAAAAUGCUGGAUUAUUCUGGCCAUCGUCUCGAUCAUCGUCAUCGUCAUAGUCAUUGUCGUUGCGGUGGUGGUCACUCGAGAGAAUCGUUAUCCCAACUACUCCAAACUCCAAUACAAUUUGGUCGAUACGUUUUCGGGGACAAAUUUCUUCGACAACUUUGACUAUUUUACCGGUUACGACCCUGCAGCGGGAUUUGUACAUUACGUCGAUGGUCCAGGGUCUGUCGCCUUGAACCUUACCUACGCAACCGCCACAUCUGCCAUCCUCCGAGUCGACCUCUCCGACACUGACACGACUACUGGCCGUAAAUCAGUGCGGGUGACGUCGAAGAACACCUACAACGAUGGACUGUUCAUUUUCGAUGUCAAACACUCACCUUAUGGUUGCUCGACCUGGCCAGCGUUGUGGCUGACGGAUCCUUCCAACUGGCCGACGAAUGGCGAAAUUGAUGUGGCGGAAGCGACCAAUCUUGCACCGGACGGGAAUCAAGUCACCCUUCACACCACCAAGGAUUGUAAGAUGAAUGUCAAACGAAAGGAGAUCGGCCACUCGAUGAGCACAAACUGCCUGAACUCGACCGACGGAGAUAGUGGCUGUGGUGUUCAAGGAUCCAAGGCGACAUUCGGAGAGGAAUUCAACAACAAUGGUGGAGGUAUCUACGCAAUGGAACUCAGGGAUGCUGGCAUCCGAGUGUGGUUCUUUGACCGUGACAAUGUUCCAAACGACAUCACCACGUCACCGUCCAAUUCAACUAGUGUCACACCAGAUCCCUCCACUUGGCCCCAGGCACUGGCCGAUUUCCCAAGUACAGACUGCGACAUUGGGAGUCAUUUCCGAAACCAAAGUAUUAUCGCCAACAUCGAUCUCUGUGGUGACUGGGCGGGCCAACCAAAGUAUUAUACUGAGCAGUCAAAGUGUCCUGGUACGUGCGUGGAUUACGUGAGCAACCAACCUGGCAGCGCUUACCAGAAUGCGUAUUGGGAGUUCGGUGCUUUCAGAGUUUAUCAAGCAUCCUAAGCUUUUGCGUUUCAGGGUUUUCCUGGGGGGUUUGGUCUGGACGGAGAAAGAUGAAUUGUGAUGCAUGCAUUCAUUAAAUGACGUACAUGUUAGAAAAAUAUCCAAGUGUACUGCAGUACUGCAAAUAAAAU